AUGUCUUCCAAGCUUAUUGUCGUUCUCGGCGCCACCGGCAACCAAGGAGGAUCGGUGAUCAAGUCCUUCAUCGAGGAUCCGGCCUGGCGUAUUCGCGCCUUAACCCGAAGCACAUCUUCCUCCAGCGCGCAAGCCCUCCAACGAUCCGGAGUCGAAGUCAUGCAGGCCAAUCUAGACGAUCCCUCGUCCCUCGAGGCGGCCUUUCAAGACGCAAAUGCCAUCUUCGCCGUCACCGACUUCUGGAACAGUUUCGCCAACCCCGAGAACCAAAAGAAGAAGAGACCCGACCAGCCGAUGAACGCAUGGACCUACCACUACGAGAAACAACAGGGCAUGAACGUGUUUGACGCUGCCGCUAAGGUUCCCACGCUCGAGAAAUUGAUUUUCUCCAGCUUGUCGGAUGCCUCGAAGUGGUCGAAGGGAAAAUACACGAACGUGAUGCACUUUGAUUCCAAGGCCCAUGCUGCAGAAUAUGGCAAGAAGACGUAUCCCGAGCUGUGGAAGAAGACCAGUUUACUCCAAGUUGGCUGGUAUCUUUCCAACUUUCUCUCGCACCCGUUACUACAACCCCGAAAGAAUGCGGAGGGCGUGUAUCAGUACAUCACUGGCGUGCGCGGUGACGUGCAUCUCCCAGCAAUGGCUGCCGAAGAAGAUACCGGACCAGCCGCGAAAGCGCUGAUUUUAAGCGCUCCCGGAAAGCACCUGAUCGCGUACCGGGGAUGGAUUACUCUGAACGAGUUUUUCGACAUCUGGAGCCGUGUGCUGGGUGUGCCUGCCAAGGUGGUGACCCUUCCUGAUGGCGAAUCCAUUCCGGGAGUCCCGGAGGACUUGAAGCAGGAGCUCAUCGAUAACUGGGCGUAUUUCAAUGACUGUGGAUAUGAGGGUCGCGAUGAUCCGAGCGUCAUCCAUCCAAGACAGCUUGAGGUACCGCUAAGCCUGCCUUCGGUGGAGGAAUGGAUACGGCAACAGGACUGGUCGGGCGUUCUGUAG